GGCGCGCUUUGGUUCUAUGAGCGCAGAAAAUUGUGAUGUAAAAAGAGAAGAAUAAAUGUUUGUUGACCAUCAUGGCGAAUCCUAGAAAAUUUAGUGAAAAAAUCGCCCUUCACAAUCAAAAGCAAGCUGAGGAAACGGCUGCUUUUGAAAAAAUAAUGCGUGAAGUUUCCGACGCAACCAAUAAGCCCGAGGAAGCACCACUAGUGACGCAGUAUGGUCUCGGUGGUAGGAGUGGGGGGACGUCACCGUCACCACGGUCGCCGGGACAGAGAGGGCGGGCGUCAUCAUCGGUUGGUCCGAUGCGACGACCCGCUGAUCGCAAGCAUGACACCAGCCCAUAUGGAAGCACGGUAUAUCUCAGUCCACCACCGGACAGCAAUUGGCGACGGACGAACUCUGAUUCAGCGUUACACCAGUCCUGCGGUGAGCAGCAAGUGACGACGCAGCCGCUCUCACCGCACCACCCACUGCAUUCCCACGGACACCCACACUUACACCCUCACCAGAAUCAUCGGCGAGCUAGCAACAUUCCUCUCGACGUGCUAGCGACGCUGGGAAUGAAUCCGACGAACCGUCCGCGAUCGUCGUGUGAAAUACCGCGAAUACCUAACAAUAACAACGUGUACGAGAGCGGCGGGGGCGGCGGCGGCGCGGGCGGCGCGGGCGGCCUGCAGUGCGAGCUGCAGGUGCCGGGCGGCUCGCUGCCCGACCUCACCUCCGUGCACUUCCCGCCGCCGCACUACCUGCCGCACCGGACCUCGCCCGAGUACCAGCCCCGAUAUAGCCCGACGGGCAGCGUGUCGCCGGCGACGGGCGGCCUGUCGCCCGCGUCCGGCUCGCCCGUCGGCGCCACCGUGCCGCUCGCCGCCGUGCACGACCAGCCGCUCUACGACGCGCAGAAUCACUUAUCUGUACCAAACACAAAUAAUUAUCUUCAUCAUAAUAAGAACAUGUCACCGCUCGACCACAGUUGGAUAACGUCGAGCUACCAGUCCCACUGCAGUCCGCCUUCACAAUAUUCAUCGACAUCAAAUAUAAAUGUACCUUCACCCACAAUGGUGCACAGUCCAGGCAGUCCCGUGGAGUCCCCGCAGACAGACUACAAUAACCUUCACCAAGUAUUAUUACAACCGUUCGAGCAAAUUACAAUGCUGGACCCCCCCACGUCGAGCUACAACACGACGUACAUAAACCACAGUUCGCCGCAUUCGUCACAAACAACGAAUUCGUCACACACAUAUUCUCAGUCGCCGCACGGGCUGAGCGGGCACGGCGGGCACGCGCCCGAGCCGCGGCGCGCGCGCGACCCGGUGGCGGGCGGCGGCGCGUACGCGGCGCUGCAGCCGCUCGCCUCGCCCUCGCAGCCGCCCACGCCCGCCACGCCCACCUCCAUCCCCGACAUCAUACUCACAGAUUACUCGGGCGAGCUGGACCCCGGCAUAUUCGGCGGGGAGGAGGCGCAGCUGCGCGCCGGCCUGGACCUGGACGACCUGACGCUGCUGGAGGAGCCCAGCGCGCUGCUGCCGGACUCGUCCGUGGAGCACGAGUUCCGCCUGGACCGGCUGGACGGCUUGUAGUACCGUGUCGGCGCCCCGCUAUCUAUUGGCAAUGAUUAGAUUCCCUGGCGGCACUCGCGGGCCUCACCUAUGACAGAUCAAAAUAUAAAUAUGUAAAAUCGAUUGUCUCAUAAUUUUUUGAUAUAUUAAUAUUAAUUAUAAUUAAUAGAAAGUUAAAACAUAGAAAACGCUCGAAUGUAAUAACGACUACAGAAAUGGUUAAUUUUCCUUCUGAUUACAACUUUUGGUGCAAUAUUUUGUGAAUUUUGUGAAUAUUUUUUACAAUUUCGUAGACAUUUCAAUGAAAUAAUUGUUGAUUAAUCUUUAAAGCAAUGCGAAAUGAAAUGCCUGUCCCACGUGGGGUCCGCGAGCAGCCCGAGGAAGUUACUCUCCACCAAUACUUCAUGACAAUUUCUAUCGUUUCAAGUCUGAGUUAGUGAAUAUGACGCGACGUCGAACAUUCCCGCUGGCCGGCCGCCGGCCGCGACUGUGACUCUUGUGAAUGCGAGUGACUUGUGGUUUUAAAUGUUUUACUCAUGUUUUUAAUUCGGAGGGUAGGUAUGAUGUAGAUUUAGAUUUUCUAAAUGGUGAUCGAUCCUUUUAUCGACGAUUCGUGUACAGAAUUAAUCGAUUAUUUUCUAUUAAGUAUUGUGAAUAUGUACUCGAAUAUCAUUAGAGGAUUUAUUUCGGAUUCGAUUCAGACGUUUCGCGAUCGUUCGACGUGAGAGCGCGACGGUCCGUUUGUAAAUAGAACUUCAAAGUGUUCACUUCAUAGAGUUGCAUUUAAAGCGCUAAUGUUGCAUGCUAUUUAAAAGCGUUUGAAUCGUUUAAACAGUCGUUGACGCGAUUAUUAUUAUUUUUCUAAAAUUAACAAUGUAUAAAUUAUCUUGACAUUUUUAUAUUACCUAUCGUCUUUCAGCGAUUGCUCAAGCGUUGACUGAACCUUAAUCCGAAUAAUUCUUACUAGAUAAUUACGAUUUACCACAAUUUUAAAAUAAUGAUUUAUUUAGGCACAGGCUUAUGGAUGUUAUGGGGCACGUAAUGUGCUCGGUUUCCCGUUUUGUAUGUACUUGGAUGAUGUGUCGUUUAAGAUUUGUAAAUAAGAAUUGUUAAUAAAAUUUUUUAAUAAGCUUUUGUCGCAAACAUAUCUAUCUGUGUACGUACGCGUGGUUGCGAGAAUAAGGAUUCAUAUUAUGAAGGUCAAUUUUUUCGAUGUCUAGUUGAGGGAAUCCUGUUCGUUGUAUUCGACCAUGUAUACAAAAAUUUGUUUAAGACAGGUACACUGAUUUGACACGACGCUACAUUAUUGCUGUACUAAUAUGUAGAAAAUUUACCGUUUAUAUAUCAAACUGGAUUAUUUGAAAGUGUAGUCUUUUGUUUUGUUUUUUUUUUUUUGAAAUAUUUAUUAUAGGAAUUAGUUAUUACUAGUUGAUACUGUUCUGUAAAUUAUCGAGCGUCGUGUGAGCUCAGUCCGUCCUUCUCUAUUCUCUAUAGAUAUCGACGAAUAUAUGCAUUUUCAAGGUAGUAGGACUACAUCUGAAGUUAAACUUUAUAGUUAAUAAGUUUCGAAAUAUUUAGUUUUUUAAUUCGUCGCGCCCGCUACGACCACGAUUUCGUAACGGAGAUCUAUACUUUUGUAAAAAAAAAAUGUACAAAUUAUAAUUUACAACAAAUGGCGGGCGCGGUGGAGAUCGUGUAGUUACGUGUUUUUUUUUUUCUUUUGUUAAUGCUCAUUUUAUUAUGUUUUAAGAGUCUAGUCAUCAAGUUAUAUGAGUAUCAAUUGAAAUAGAACCUGUUCUUCGAUGUGUUGUUCAUAUUUAUCAGAUUUUAUUCAGCUUGGUUACGGUUAUUAUAUACAUGUUUACUUUUAAAUAUUUAUACGACGAGCGUACGCGGUUCUAAAAAUAAUAUACGAAGAUAUAACUAUGUCGUCCAGCACGAAGUUCAUGCAAGAGGGUCAAUCUCAGAGACCAGCUAUCUACGCGGGAGAUGAAAUGUCACUUUCCUGAAAAAAAACUCUUGGCUCGAAUUGAGUGAACCCAGAAUAUCUAGAUUUGUAGUCGUACGAGCUAACUACUAGAUCAAUGGGACAGUAUAAUAAAAUAAUGAGUAAUUCGAUAUGGUCAAGUAGAUGUGACAUGUGUUUUGCAUUAGCUUUUUAGAAAUAAUUCUACUCGAGAUCGUUAGAAUCGGAAUAAGUUUCGAAACCAUUGUGACCGGAGAAUAGAGCGUCGCCUAGCAGUAUGUAAAGUGACGUUACGGAUAAUGUAUUGAAAAUUAAUUUCAAAGCUUCAUUAUGCUAAUAUUUUAAUCAGUACAAGGUAAUGGAGAAACGAAUUAUUUAAAGUAGUUGUAUACGAAACAAAUAACUCCCGAAUAUACUUAAGAAAACUUCCGUGCUAAAUAUUUAAAAGUAAACGUAAUAAAAAAAAUCUAUGAGACGUUUUGUUUAGAAUAUGUUAUCUUCGUAUUUUAUUCAAUAUAUUAUAUCGGUUCUUAUAUUCUGAAACAGAUACAUAAAUGUAUAUAAUAUAUGUUAUAAUAUAACCUCGUUGCGCACACUAUGAAACUAAACAUGUACACUGAUAUAAAUGUAACGGUGUAUAGUUGUAUCGUAUGACUAAAUUUUAUUUUUCUGAUGAUGUUUUACUCUGUAAACGAGUAUUAUUGUUACUGAUUCGCCUACGAUGUUGGUAUAUUUUAAAUAUUAUCUUUUAUUCCACCUAGAGUUUACUGUAUGACAGAUGUAGAUUGUAUAAAUGUACGAUAUAUGUGAUAAAAGUUAAUAAGCACAAGAUAAAUCUUAAUGAAGCCUAA